AUGGGGAUAAGAAAUAGUGAGAAAGGCCUGACAAGGCAGGUUCUGUCUCUGAUCCUUUUUCUCUGUGUGCCGGAGGUGAGAACUGAAACGCUUCGGUAUGCUGUGACUGAAGAAACAGGAAGUGGGUCUUUCGUGACGAAUAUUGCAAAGGAUUUGGGGCUGAAAGCCGAGAAACUGUCCGCUCGGCAGGCCCGGAUUAUUUCUGAAGGGGAAAAACAGUAUUUUCAGCUCGACCGCAGCACCGGGGAUUUGUUUAUACAAGAAAAAAUAGACCGAGAGGAGCUCUGCGGGCAGGUCGACCCCUGCCUGGUGCAUUUUGAGAUAUUGCUGCACAGUCCGCUACAGUCCUACCGAGCUGAGGUAAGCGUUUAUGAUAUAAAUGAUCAUUCUCCGGUGUUCUUGAAUAAUGAAUUUAUCCUAAAGAUCUCGGAAAGUACUAUGCCUGGAAACCGGUUUUUACUGGAGAGUGCCCAGGAUUUAGAUGUGAGCAACCACAGUCUCCAGAAUUACAGCAUUAGCUCUAAUGACUAUUUUCAGAUUUAUACUCGGGAUCGCAGUGACGGCAGAAAGUACGCAGAGCUGGUGCUGGAUAUACCCCUGGACCGUGAGGAGAAGCCGGAGAUCAGUUUCACACUCAUAGCUAUCGAUGGUGGUUCCCCACCGCGGUCGGGUACAGCUCGAAUUCGAGUUAUGGUUCUGGAUAUAAACGAUAAUAAUCCGGUGUUUUCUCGGCUUCUUUAUAAAGUCCAGAUUUUGGAAAAUACACCUGAAGAUUAUUUGUUAGCUACAGUCUCUGCUACCGAUUUAGACGAAGGAAUUAAUGGGGAAAUAUCCUAUUCCAUUAUUCAAAAUUCAGAGGAAAAUCGCCAAACUUUUAAGAUAAAUCCUGUCACUGGAGAAAUUCGACUCAAGCGGCCAUUGGAUUUUGAAGACAGAGAAAACUAUGAGAUAGACAUACAGGGCAUGGACGGCGGGGGUCUGUCUGCACACUGCAAAGUCCUGGUGGAAUUGCUGGAUAUGAAUGACAAUGCUCCGGAGGUGACCAUAACAUCCCUCACCAGCCCUAUCCCGGAGAACUCCCAGCAGGGGAGAGUGAUGGCUCUAUUCAGUGUCAGGGACCGGGACUCCGGCGAUAAUGGGAAAACGGUCUGCUCCAUAGAGGACGAGCUGCCUUUUACUGUCAGAAAAGUAUCAAAAAAUUCCUACUCUCUGGUGACCGAAAGCGCACUGGAUCGUGAGAGACUAUCGGAGUACAACAUAACAAUCACUGCUCAGGAUUUGGGAUCUCCCAGUCUCGCUACUGCAGUGACAAUCACCGUGAAAAUAUCAGAUAUUAAUGACAAUUCUCCCGUGUUUAAUGAAGCGUCAUACACUAUGUAUAUAAGAGAAAACAACGGGCCAGGGAUAAAAAUUGGCAAAGUCAGUGCUAUUGAUUCGGACUCAGAGCAGAAUGCCAAAGUGACAUAUUCUCUAUUGCCUGCUGAGGUAGGUGGCCUUCUGCUUCUCUCUUAUAUCUCCAUAAACUCGGAAAAUGGGAAUUUGUACGCUCUGCGAUCCAUGGAUUAUGAACAGAUAAGAGAGUUCCAGGUCACAGUGAGAGCUGCAGAUGGCGGGUCCCCUCCACUAAGUUCUGAAGGCAUUGUCCGAGUUGUGAUAAUUGAUGACAAUGACAACUCCCCCUUCAUUUUAUACCCUCUGCAGAACAGCAGCUCCCCCGCUAAUGACCUGGUUCCCAGGUCGGCGGAGGCGGGUUACCUGGUGACGAAGGUGGUGGCUGUGGAUGGAGAUUCCGGUCAGAAUUCUUGGCUUUCCUACCAGCUGCUGAAGGCCACAGACCCAAGUCUCUUCACUGUGGGUUCCCAAAAUGGUGAAAUAAGGACCACUAGGCCAUUAAAUGAACGAGACAGCUUCAAGCAGAAACUUCUUAUCCUUACUAAAGAUAACGGAGAACCAUCCCUAUCAACCACAGCGACGCUAAAUUUUCUUGUGGUGGAUGGAUUUUCAGAUGCGUAUAUGCAGAUUUUUGAGGUACCCAGCGAAGAAGAGAAGGACAGCACACUGACUACGUAUUUAGUGAUAGCGCUGGCUAUGAUUUCAUUCAUUUUUUUAUUUUCGAUAGUAGUAUUUGUAAUUAUUAAGGGAUGUAAAAGGCGAAAUUUUAGUGAAAAAUAUAACUCGGCUUGUAGCAAUUUUUAUGGCGCUAACGGCUUCCCCGGUGCUUUAGUAGGUGCCAGUGGACCCGGAAUCCUAUCCGAGCCUUGUCAUUAUGAAGUCUGUUUGACAAACGGAUCGAGUAACAGCGAGUUUAAAUUUCUCAGACCAAUAAUCCCUAGUUUUCUUGCUCAGAAUUCUGAAAUAGACAAGGUCAGAGACAAUGAUUUUCUUAAUAGUUCCCAUGCGGGUAGUCAGAUAGAAUCAGUGAAUCAGGACAGAAUAUCUGCUUGUGUUGAUUAA